AUGCUUUCCUCCUUCUCCAUUCCCUUGCUCCUUACGCUGAGCACUGGCGUCAGGCUCUCUCAAGCCAACACUUGGGACGACAGGACCAGCGCAAAUCCCACGAUAACAGUCACCUCGUUCCGAACUCACCAUAUCUGCCCCUGCGAAACCUCAGCUGAUCCGGCGACUCAAUGGUCAGACUGGACAGCCGUUAGUUCCAAGCCCGUGGAUCCCACCUCCACCGAGACCUGGCGCGACUGGACUGCAUCGUCGUCAACCACCAAGAAGAAUGAUGUGAAGCCGGCCAGCACCAACGCAGAGAGCUGGUCUAACUGGAGCGCUACAACCAGCACGACCAGGACCCGAACUGCACGGACUACCACAACGACCACGACCGCUUCAAGCACGACAACUACUCCCACGACCACCACAACCAGCCCAAGCACGACGACUACCACCAGCACGACGACCACCACCAGCACGACCACCACCACCAGCACGACCACCACCACCACCACCACAACUACCACGAGUCCAGCUUGUACACCAUCUCCAAGUUACACAGAUCCUUGUGUUGAUGGAGUCUACAACAGCAAUGGUCGGCUGUUCCAGGUGUACUGCAACUCCAAAUUGUCUGGAACCUGUGGUGGAUCUGGCGAUGCCUCCGGUCCUAGCGACACUGCCGUGGACUGUGGAUAUGACAGCCCGAUUGGAAACUGCUAUUACCAAAAUGAAGAGAGUUUUGUCUUCUGCAGUAGCUCUGACGUUGUAGCCGCUGCAGGCGACGUCGCGUUUGUGUAUAUUGGGCAAGAUCCAUGCUCGUCUUAA